AUGAAAAAACUUGGAAGAAAGUUCCUCGGUGAAGGGCGUCACAUACGUGGGGAGAAUUACCCAAGGAAUAAGCCAUGUUCAUUAGAUGCGAUGCGGUAUAACGGUAUGCUAAUUUCAAAUGAGAUCCGGACUAUCAUUUUCACCACCGCUUUUAAUCGUGCUCUAUUAAACGAGUACACGAAACUCGUCAAAUCAACUGACACCGCACUGGCGAGCGCACCCAAGAUGCUGGCCCCCCUUUUAGAUGACUGCUCCUUGUCUGAAACUAAGAUUUAUGGUGAAAACUUCUAUAGGAACACGGGCAUCCAAAAUAUUCCCUCGGGGGAUGUGCGUGCGGUGUCCGGUUGGUCUUCCAGUGCAAAUCUGACACCCAAUUCAGGCCCUGAUGAGAUGCAGGCCCAUCUGAGCUUCCCAUAUUUCGUCUGUUGA